CAAAGAACAAGUUUUUUUUUGGCCCCGGAAAGGCGUUGUCAGUUACCAACGUCUGCUCUAUAUAAGAAAUAAUUGAGACAGAGUGCGGCACUUCUAAAUUAUCCUGCGAGGAGCAAAGAUAAUUCAGAUCCAGAAUGCUGACUGUUGCAGUUCUCGUGAGCCUGUUGGCCUUUGUGAGCGCCCAUGGCAACAACAAUAUGAUGGGUGGCGGCAUGAAUAACCAGUUUGGUCAUGGGAUGUAUGGACAGGGCAUGAUUAGUAGCGGCAUGGGAGUGGGGGGCAAUAAUUGGAUGGGAAAUAUGGGCAUGCACAACAAUGGCAUGAGUCAACUGCUCCGUUAUUUCAUGGGCAACCAUGGAGGUAACAAUGGCGGUUACACGGGAGGUAACAUGGGCGGCAUGGGAGGUAACAUGAACGGUGGUCAGAUGGGCGGUAGUGGACACAUGGGUGGAAUGGGCGGCCAGCAAGGCAUGAUGGGCGGUAGAGGACAAAGGGGUGGAAUGGGCGGUCAGCAAGGCAUGAUGGGCGGAAUGGCUUUUCUUCUUCUACAAAAUCUUCUACAAAACAAAGGCGGGCAUGGUAACCAAGGUGAUCAGAUGAACAAAGAGGAGAUGGAAGGUGCUGAAAAAUUGAUGAAAAAGAAGAUGAUGAUGGAAAUGGCAGAGAUGAUGGCGAUGUAUAUGGAUCACAAGGAGAAAGAAGAUGAGUUUAAAGAAGCUAUGGAAUACAUGUGUUACAUGGUGAAUGCCACAUACGAGGCCUACAGGAGAAAUAGAUCUGAAGUGUAUCAAAAGACCGACGAUGCUAUGAUGACAAGCCUAGGAAAACAGGUUGAACAAAUGGGCGAAAGUGAAAAAAUGGAUUAUACGGUUAAGAUGAUGAUGGACGAACCGCAAAAGUACGCAGAGAUCUUCCUAAGAUUCGCUACCUGGGCUUGCAUGUCCGGGGAUGCUUAUGUAAACAGUGCCAUGAAGAUGGAGAAGAUGGAACGGGGCGAAGGUGAAUGUGUGCAUGAUUAAAAUUUGUGGGCGUGAUUAAUUUUCUAAGACAUUUACAAGACAGAGUGAGAGACGAUUUUUGAAUGACGAUCGCAUAUGUUGAUCAGCUUUAAAUGGAUAAGACUCGAAAAUAAUAAGAAAGAUGAAUACUAUGGAUAAUUUCUGUAAAAGUAAAAUUCAAUUUUUCAAAAUAAAUUUGUACACUUUAUUACCAUUAUUAUAAUAUAUUUCAUAUAUGUUUUGGUUGGAAAUAAAAUGACAAAAGUAUUUUAUAAAAUAUUCCACACGAA